GUAAAUAAAGGUCACUUGUAUAGGUAGGCAGGACGGAAUAACGACAAUAUGGUACUGGGCACGGUCCUUCUGCUGUUCCCGCUGAUCAGUACCGGGUCGCCGGCGGGUGGCUGGGCGGGCACGGACGCACACGAGGCCGAAGGCGGUACGGGUAGGCACGCGGUGGGCGGUGGACGGGCUGGGGCGGACUUAAUCGCCGUUACCGAGGCCUUGCAGCGAGCCGUACGGUUCUUCAGCGACUCUUACACCGAGACCAACUUGGACGGGCUCUACGGGCUGCGGGUAGCGGAGGGUCAGCUGAUCCUCCUGCUGCAGUCAUGCAACAAUGGCGAACAGCGGGUCGGAUUUUACGACACCGUUCUGGACGGUUUGCGGCAGGUCCUGGAGGAGAUCUCGGACGUCGCCAACCGGACGCUACCGGAAAUAGAAGCCAGGAAUCCUGGGUACUACGAACAGUUCCUCGAGGUCGUGAACAAACCGUACAUUAUCGAGGCGUUUCCCAGAACUUUGGAAACGCAGGAGUGGGCUGAGCAGUACAGACCGUCUGUUGAAAAACGUCUGCCGACUUUUAACGAAGAGGAAAGUGACAAGUGCAUGUCUUACAUGAUGGGCAGCAAGAUUCGUGGACAUCACACGAAGGAGAUCCGGUGCACCAUUACAGAGCGGUGCUGGAACCUGGUCACCAUACCCGACACGUCAGGCUACAUCAUCACACACCAGCUGCUGUAUACAGUCCUGGCGGAACAUGUCGGCUGCACAAACGAGUUGAACAGUUACGCCAGACAGCAGGGUUUUCUGGAGGGCGUUCCCGGCAUGCAGCGCGGGCGUUGUUCGUCCAUCUUGUCUCAGGCUGAGUUCCUGGCGAGUAACGGACCUCCUCAGCCUGAACAGGACCUCUUCAUGGAACAAGCUGUGGUGUGCGGCAUGCUGGGAUACACAAACUUCCUGCGCCCUGAUUGGCUACAGAAGGUGAUGACGUGGCAGAGGCCGGACGGAUGCUUCGGGAAGGAGAUGAAGGAAGAGGAGGACGAAUUGGUGGAACAGUUACACAGUCUACCUUUUCACGCACACAGUCUUAAUGGGAGUACAGAACACAGGCCACAGACGAGAUCGCCAACGAGUAGAAGACUCCUUGUGGAAAGGCUAAUGCACGGUGGUUGUUUGUCCCACAAGAGCGGACUGGGCACGGCUCUACUCGCCAUGUACGCACGCGCAAUGAUAGACCCCACGUACGGAUGGGAGAGUACACAAGAUUGACGUCUGUACGAAAUCUA